CACGGCUCUGAUCGCGAUGAAGCUGUACUUGUUCCUGGCGCUUCUAGGCACCGCACUCGCGGUGACAAACUUUGAGAAGCAAUGCGGACCGAAGGCCGAGGUCGGGGUUUGCAGAGCUGCGCUGCCGAGGUAUUGGUUUAACAAGGAGACUGGCGAAUGCGAACUGUUCUAUUACGGAGGCUGUGGCGGCAACGAGAACCGAUACCUGACGCAAGAGAAGUGCGAAGAGACAUGCCUAGACAAAAAACCCAUCCAGAAGUCAUACGUUGCUGAUGAGGCUUACAUUGGUAUCACGGAUGAACUCAUGGCUGCUGCCGCAAAUUCCGUGUGUCGAAAACAACCGCAUCCUGGUCCUUGCAUGGGUUCCUUCCCGCGCUUCUACUACGACCAGAACACCAACUCUUGCCGUCUCUUCCUCUAUGGAGGAUGCGACAGCAACGGCAACAAUUUCGAAUCGCCCAUAGACUGCAUGCGUCUGUGCGGAUCCACGAAGCCUGGAGAGCCCAUGCCGCGAGUUCCAUAGUAUAACAGAAAUCAAUUCCCUAAUAAUAUCUCCGCACUGAGGGGCCACUGCAUCGAACCACAUCUGAAAAAAAUGAUAGAGAAGUAACAAAGAAAAUCAGCAGUGGACAUUGAACAAGGCAUUGUCCGGAGAUUAAUAUGCAACAUAUUCGAUGAUUAACUUUUGACCUACGUGUUGCUGCGAUCAAUAAAUGUGUUUCAAAGCUCA